AUGGCAAACACUUUAAAAUCUGUUCCUCAAAAAGAAAACUCUUCUUCCUCGAAACCAUCGGAAAAUGUUUCACCUGCUGCUACUGAGGAACCAAUACCGGAACCCCAUCUAAAGUCGUUUGUCCCUUCGGGAUGCCCAACCGGGGCUGACUUUAAGAUCGAGAACACCCACUUGGUACCGGGUCUACCAAAAAAUGUCGGAAUAAGGCCCCCAUCAGCCGAUGACGAUAUAUAUGCCGAUCCCCUUGUUCCGAAGCAGGAUAAAGAGAAAAAAAGAAGACAAGCUUCGAGUUCCUCAAGCCCUGAAAAGAAGAGACCGAGGAAGCGGCUAGCACGCAAACCUAAGAAAGCCAAAGAAGAAGAAGAAGAUUCUGAAUUGGUGACCAGCGUGAGAAGCGGUUCCGAACUGCCUCAAGUCAUGGAGGCCGUAGAAGAAGCAGUGGAUGAGGCCUCGGUGCUUCAUCAAGAGGCCUUUCUCCGAUAUCGGGAGGAGUUCAAGCAUCAUAAGGCCGAGACUCGGGAUCUUGCCGAGAAGAAAGAUGCUUACAAGCUUUUUAGUGAGAAGCUCCAGGCCGAUUUAGAAGCGGCUCGGAAGGAGCAUGCCUGUUUUGUCGAGCAGGUUAUACGAAUAUUCGAACUUAGUGAUGAUGAUUCAGACACAUUGGCUAACGACUCGAACACACAGGUUCAACAGAGACUUGAGCAGAUCGGGAAACUCCAGGUGGAGGUUGACAUGGUGAAGGCUGAGGCCAAAAAAUGGAAGAAAAAUAUGGACCUCCUGGCCUUAGAAAAAGAGACUACCCGGGCGCAGUUGGCUUCGGCUGAGGUUCAACUUCGGGCUAUAAAGGAGAAAUAUUCGAUCUGCGAAGCCAAGGCCCGGAAGUUGGCUUAUCCCGAGGAGGAUUCUGAGAGGUCUGAAGAGUCAGGUGGGUCUAACGGUGGCGAAGACCUUGUAGGCGAUGAUGUAGCCCCUGAUGAAUAUUAG